GCACAGCCCUCCUUCCAAUUGCUGGAGAGAGAGGGGGAGUGAGAAAGAGAGAGAGUUUAAGGCAGGCUCUGCACUGGUGUUCUGGGCUAUUUCAACUUCAGGGCAACUUUAGAGAACUUCAGUUAUUUUUGGUUCUGGACGACAGCUGAGACCGGCCGAGCCUCCGGGAGAUGCUGAUGCUGAUGUGGAUGCAGAGGAUGAAGAUUCUGUUAAUGAAGUGGCAGUAGAAGACAUCCGUCCAAGGCCACAAGGAUCCUCUCCAGUUUAUGAAUAUUCCAUAGAAGAAGAAUAUUUAAAGCUUCAAGAAGAAAACAAAAAACAUUCUACAGACAGAUCAAAACAGAGUCAUCCACAGGAAAUCAUGGAAGUGACCCUGAAAACAGAAGUGGAAGCUGGUGCUAGUGGUUUUAGUGUGACGGGUGGAGGAAAUGAAGGAAUAUUUAUUAAAAAAGUACUUAAGGAAUCUCCUGCUUCAAAAAUAUUUAGUCUGAGAGAAGGUGAUCAGCUUCUAAGCGCUACAAUAUUUUUCGAUAAUAUCAAAUAUGAAGAUGCACUCAAGAUUCUCCAAUAUUCCGAGCCGUACAGAGUCCAAUUCAGCCUCAAAAGAAAAAUUGCUGGGAAAGAAGAGCUAGAACACAUUCACUCUACAGCCCACUACAAAAAGGAAAGAAUAAGCCAGGAAAAAGAACUCGGUGAGAGCAUUCCUGAAGAAACACUGCAUGUUUCAGGAAAAGCCAUUUCAGAAGAAGACAGGGAAACAUUAAUUGUAAGCCAAAGGGUAGGAAGGAGCAAGAGACCUAAAAAAGAUAGACUGUCAUGGCCAAAAUUCCAGUCGAUUAAAAAUAAAAAGAUACUGGGGCACAGAAGAUCUCAUAGUACAUCAGAUGCAUAUGAGCCUGCUAUACAGGAUAUUUCCCCUACAAGCACAGACACAGAGUCUCAAUUUCAACAAGAAGUCCAUAUCAAAGAGAAAAAAGGAAGCCAAAAGAAACUGAAGUUCCCUAGCAUUGGAUUCAAAAUGCACAGAUCCAAACCAGAACCAGCAGACAAGCAAAAAAAAGAAAUAAAAACUACACUGUUAUCUGAAAGAGAAAAAAUACAUAAAGAAGAUAUCAGCCUGGAAAAUCCUGAAAUCCUAACUGUUGAAUAUACUACAUCUCCUGUUUAUGAAAUUAAAACAGGGGAGGUAACUGAAACUUUAACAAAAGACUUAAAAGAUAUGAAAAAUGGCAUUCCAUCUCAUGCAAAAAAAUGCCCUGAAGUUGAAAUAAGCAUUAAAAAAGAAAAAGACAAGGAAUCGACAUCAAAAUUUAUUGUACCUGAAGUACCAGCUAUAACAACACAGAUACCAAAGCCCAGUUUAGAAACACCUGAUCUGAAAGAAAGCCCAACUAAACAAACACUGCAAGCCUCAUCAAAAUCCCGAAAAAAGAAACAGAAAGGAACAGCAGAUAAAAAGGAACGAGAAAGUGGAAUUAACAUAGACAUGAUGGGUCACACAGCACAAGGAUCUAUACAAGUAAAAGGUCUAGAAAUAGGCACUGCUAAAGCAGAAUUACACACAACAUCUGACACACUGCAAACAGGAGAAAAACAAGCAGAAGAUGACACACAAAUAAGAACAAUUCAGAAAACAAAAUUUGAGAUUUCAGUGCCCAAAAUAAAAGAGACAGAGACUGAAAACACCAAAAUGGGAACUGAUGUUCCAUAUUCAGUACGAGAAAAAACAGUUGAUACAAGUUCAGAGGAAAGCAGGAAUUUGGAUGUGAAACCUCACAUGCCUGAUGCAGAAUCAGAAGUAUCUACUUGGAAAAUACAAAUGCCAACAUUCAAAAUGGCCAAGACGCCUAAAGCUGACAUGAAAAUAUCAAAAGAAGAAAUCACAGCUGAAUCAGUAGAUACUGUAAAAAAAGGACAGAUAGAAGAAGAUGGCAUGUCAACAAGUGAUAAAACCUUGAAGAUGGACAUUUGCAUGAAGACAGGAGAAAAGGAGACAGAGGGAAAAGAAAGCAAAUUCAGACUCCCAAAGUUUAAAUUGCCUACAUUUACCUGGGCAACUACAAGGGAUGAAACAGGGCAAAGUGAAGGUCAGAUAAGUGAUAUGGAAGGAAAACUGCCAAAUUUAGAAGCAAGUACAAAAAAGGUGGAAGGACUGGAAGGCGAGGUCAGCCUGCCCACCGCAGAGGUCGACCUCCCCUCCGCCACCGUGACGGCCACAGGGGAGGGCCCCGCGCUGGGCCUCAAAGCCGACGUCCCCGGCGCCAAAGCCGAAGGGGCCGGCUGGAAGCUGGAGAAGCCCUCCCUCAAAAUGCCCAAAGCCGACAUCAAAGCUCCCAAGGUGGACAUCAGCCUGCCGUCCGUCGACGUCACCCUUCCAAAGGCCAGCGUCGACCUGCAGGCGCCCGAGGCGGCCCUCACCCUCGAAGGGGAAGCAAAAGGCCCAGAGAAGGAGGCCGCAAAGACCAAGGACGGCAAGUUCAAGAUGCCCAAGUUCGGCAUGCCUUCCUUCGGCUGGUCCAGCAGCAGAGAAGCCAAGGGCACCGUGGCCGCUGAUGUGGACGUCAGCCUCAAGGAGCCCCAGGUGACGGUGCCCUCGGGAACCGCCGAAGUCGACGUGACCCUGCCCGGGGCUGAGAUCCAAGCGCCCAGUUUUGAUGUUGCCAUAGAUUCCUCCUCUGGAAAAGGAGAUGAGAUGGGUAAAUCUAGAAGUUCUCUGUUUAGAAUGCCUAAGGUUUCCCUUUCCAAAAGUUCAACACCUCAGGCACAGAGUAAGUCCAGAGUUGACGUUUCUGUGUCAGAAUCUCUUUCCCAUUCUGUAGUAGAGGAACCUCCUUCUGUUCUUUCAGGCAGUGUCGGAUCUAAACUUCUUCCUGACAUUAAGGGAGAUAUUGGCUCUAAAAGUAGUAAAUUCAGAAUUCCUAGCUUGGGUUUCUCCAGCAUUGAUAUUGGGUCUUCUAAAAUUGAACAGGAUUCCCCAUUACCAAAAGCGGAUAUUACUCUUACUAAAUAUCAAAUGAAUAUUUCAGACCCUGAAUCAAAAAUAUCAUCUCUUGCUGAUGAGAAUCUUUUAGUAACAGAUUCUGAAAUUUUAAAUGAAGGUGGUUCUUUGGAGCAAAGAAUUCUGAAGCCAGGAGAGAAAACAGCAGCUGCUGAAAUACCUAUGUGUGACACAGAGGUUACAGUUAAAAUUCCUAAACUACGAAAACCAAAAUUUGGAAUUUCUUGGUCUAAGGGAAAACCAUCAGAAAGUGAUGUUGGUUCCAAAGUGGAACCUGAAAUUUCCAGGGGAAGGAUAACAUCUGAUAUGACAGAUACUGAUAUUGAAAAACUAACUCAGAUCUCUGAUGCCGAAUUAGGUAUAAAGCUGUACAAGCCCUCAUCUGAAGUUGUUCUGGAUGCACCAAUGUUGGAUGUCAGUCUCCCAUCAAUGGAAGUUACCAAGCCAAAAUUAGAAGUGGAAAUCCAUGGCCUAGAUUCAGAGUGCAAGGCAGAACAGGAAGUAGUUUCAGGAGAGAAGGACACUGAGGAGAAAGAAAACAAAUUUAAAACGUCAAAAUUCAAACUGCCUUCAUUUAGUUGGUCACCAAAGAAGGAAGCUAUUGCUCCUUCUGAUGUUGAGGGACAACUGGAAGAACCCACUCUGUCUGCUUUAUCUGGAGACACAGCAUCUGAAUUAACAUUUCCUACUCCUGAGAAUCAAUACCUUCAUGCGGACUUUGAUACAUCAACAGAAAAAGAUGGUGAAAAGGGCAGAAACAAGAAGUCCCAAUUUAUCAUGCCAAAGAUCUCAUUCCCUAAAAUUAAGGGUCAAAAAGUCCAGGUCUCUCUGCCCAUAAUGGAAACUGAUGUUUGUGGUCCCAAACAAGAAAAAGCUGUUUCUGUCCAGAAAUCUGAGAAAGGGAGUAGUGGAGAAGGGGCAGGAAUGGGUAUAAAAAUGCCCAAAGUUACAGUCCCAAGUUUGGAAUUUUCCAAACCAGAAGUCAAAGCUCCCAAAAUAGAGAUGGAUAUUAGCAUGCCGACAGGUGAGGUCGUACUUCCUACAUGUGAAGAAGGUGACCUGACAUUGAAAUCAGCUGCUGCUAAUGCCAGCCUCUCCACCUCAGAUAUUAAGAUGAAAACUGAAGGCUCACUCGACGUGAAGAGUCCUGACACAAGUGUUGAAAGAACAUCAAGUGAAAUUGUUGUGGGUGAUGUAGAAAUAAAAAUUGAAGGUCCUGAAGGGAAAACAAAAAUGUCUAAAUUCCAAAUGCCAAAGUUUGGAAUUACACAUUCUAAAGGGAAAGGGUCAGAAAAGGAGGUCAGUCAUACCAAAUCAGAAGUCAAGGUUCCCCAACUAAAAGCAAUGGUAGAAAUAGAUGACAUUGCUGUUGAAGCACCAAAUUUGGAGGUAGAAUGUGGUACAGGAACAGAAACUUACAGCCCUGAAGUCAAAAUGACCAAAGCUGACAAUAAGGCAUCAGAGGCUGAUGUUCAUCUCCCACCAGCUGACAUUUCUGUUCCAAAAACAGACAGCGAUAUUCGGGAUUCAGAUGCAGCACUAAAAAUCAAAGGGGAAAUAAAACAAGAUGGAGAUGGAGAAGGGAAAGAAGGGCAUUUCAAAAUGCCAAAAUUCAAACUUCCAUCCUUCAGCUGGUCACCGAAGAAGGAAGCAAGUGUUAAGCCAGAUUCUGGAGCAAAUUUGGAAGAUCAUAAACUUGCUGUAGUGUCAAGCAGAAUAGACACAGAAGUGAGAGGAACUGAAGCUGAUGAUCAAGGUCCUGGGCCAGACCUUGAUCUGGAAAUAUCUGCAGGAAAAGUUGAACAAAAAAGUCCAAUUAAAAAACCUCAAUUUGUCAUGCCCAAAAUUUCACUCUCCAAGAUAAAGGUUCCCAAAUCUCAGACUCACUCACCAAAAGUUGAAGCUGAUGCUACUAUUCCUAACACAGAAAGAGAGGGUGAUGAUUCAAUACAGAUACCUGACAUAGAAAGAAGUCAUUCCAAAAAGACAGAAGAGGGGGCACAAAUAAGCAUAAAACUGGCUGAUGUUAAGAUCCCUGCUCUGGAGUUUUCGAAAAUAGAAACUGGAGCCUCCCAGACUGAAAUGGGAGUCAGCUCAGCAAAGAUUGAUGCUGCUUUGCCUCCCUCUGAGGGGAGUUUUCAACAGGUUGUCCUAAAAUCGAGUUCAAUCAGUGAAGAUACCAUGCAGAAAACAAGUAUUAAGUUCCCCAAAGGAGAAGCUUCAGUUGAACUGAGGAGCCCUGAAACAGUAAUAGAAAAAUCUUCAGUGGUGGAUGGAAGAAAGAUUAAAUUGGAAGGUCCUGAAGGGAAGAAUAAAAUGCCCAAAUUCCAAAAGCCAAAGUUCGGAAUCUCCCUAACAAAAGGGAAGGGCCCAGAGACAGAGAUCAGCUCUCCAAAAAUAGAAGCUGAGCUACCCCAGCUAAAAAUGACAAAUGAAAUUGCUGACAUUGCUGUGGGAGUUCCAGCAUCAGAACUUACAUCUGAUAUGUCGGAUUCUGGAGUAGGUGUUUUUGCUGAAAUUACUAUUGGAAAAGAAGGGAUUCCAAAAUUAGGAGUUUCUGUGAAGACUUCUGAUGUUAGCUUGUCAAAGAUGGAAGGAGAUAUUUCAUUAUCCACAGAAAUAACAGACAGUAGAGUGAAUAUUCCAAAACCUGAAACUUAUGCAGACAUAGUUAAGCACGGUGCUGAAGGACAAAAAAUGCAUACUUCAGAAUUCACAGUGUCUUCAACAGAAUUCCUAAGUGCUUCAGAAAUUGACCAAGACAACAGUUUAACGAACAGGUUUCCUACUCUGACUCUUCAAGAGUGUAAAGUCAAAUCACAGGAUAUAGAGGUCCAAAAGGUAGAAAGUUCCACUAAGUUAGAGACUUCAGGAGUAGGAUGUAAACCAUCAUUAGCUGAAAUUACUCUGGAUGCAACACAGGACAAAAUAGAUGUUAGUCUUCCAAAGGAACAGCUAGAUAUCCAAAAUCAAGAGGCAGUAAUUAAAAAAGGAAAGAAAAAGGGUGAGAUGAAAAUUAUAGGAAAAGACAUUGAAGGAAGCCAAUUAAAAAGGCCUACAUGUGAAUCAUCAACAACAAAGAGAUCAGAAGAUGGUGCUUAUGUUACAGCUAAGCUGGAAGAUCUAAAGGUAGAAGUUCCAAGAGUGAAGAUGGAUGUUAAAACUGCUAAAGUAGAUCCUGAAAUGAAAUUUCAAGUGAAAAGUGUUGAAAAGGACAUGUCUGCAGGGGUGGAAGUGCAAGUAGAAGAUAGAGCAGAAACAAGUAAAAUUAAAACAUACAAGUUUAAGAUUCCAAAGUUUGGAGUGUUGCAUUCAGAAGUGAAGGAUUUUGAAGAUGAUAUCAAUUUGCCAAAGUCAGAAGGUGAUUCAGUAUGUAAAACUGAAAUAGGCACAGCAGAAAUGCAGUUUCAAAAAUCAGAAGAAUCUAUUGGCCUGAAAAGUCCAGCUCCACACCAUAUGGAAGCAUCUGCCAGAACAGCAGUGGAAACAGUGGACAAAUCACAAGGUGGCCCAGAAGUAAAUAUAAAAAUUCCCAAACUAAAAAUACCAAGAUUCACUUUCAGAGCUCUCCCAAUUGAAGCUGAUGUUUCAGUGUCAAAAGUGGUAACAGAUCCAAAGGGCUCUAGUACUGAUAUUGAAGUAGUGCAACUGCAGGCAAGCUCUGCUAUCCCUGAAGAAACACCAGAGGCUCCAGAGGGUGGUAUUCAAAAAGCAAAAAGCAAAAUUCUAACACUGACUGAACCUGACAUUAAAACAGCACAGAUGACUACUACCAUAGAGUCCUCCCUUUCAAAUGCAGGGCAAGACAUUCAUUGGUCGUAUGUAGAGGGCCAAGAAGUGAGUGAGAAAGUAGAACCUGAACAUGUUGCUAUUGAAAGGUGUGAGAUUUACACUACUGAAAUCCUGAAAGAAUCAGAGAUUCUCUCAUCAGAAGUCAAAACUGCAACUUUGGGAUUCUCAUUGCUCAAGGUGAAGUUGCCUGAAUCACAUAGCAACUUAGAAGUGCUAGUCGAGCAGCCAUCUUCCACAGAAGGUGUAUCAGUGAGCAAACCUAAAUGUACUGAUGAAAGCUUUGGAGUAGCAGCACAGAGAACUGGCAGUGCUGAGCUUAAACUAUCUGACAAACCACACAGGGAGACUGAAGAAUCUAGUGGAGGAGUAACUUUGCCAAAGUUAAAACCAUAUGCUGUUGAAGUAAAGCCUUCCAGUAAACUUGAAGAGAGUCUUCCUGAUAAGUCACCAGAGGGAAUAACUGCAGGUCCUCUCUCUAAAGAUAAGGAUGUAGCUGAAGCACUAGAAGAUGAAGAAAAAGACAUAACCAAUGAAAAAGAAAAGACUGAUAGUAAAAGAUCUCCUGGAAGAUUCAAAUUUUGGCUUCCAAGUAUUGGCUUUUCAUCUUCUGGUGAUGAAACAAGCACAGAUUCAAAAACAGAAUUAAAAAAAUCAGUUCCAGAAGAUGUGAAACCUGCUGACACAUCAGAUAAUGAUUCUUCUAAGCAAACUGAAAAAACUGGAUGGUUUAGAUUUCCCAAGCUUGGUUUCACAUCUCCUUCCAAAAAGGCUAAGGCUGUUGACAAAGAAGAGAUGACUCAUAAAGAGGGAAGAAUCUCAGAUGAAGAUAGCCCAUCAGAUAAACCUGAUGUAUUUUUUGAUGCACAAGAAAGCUUAUCACCUAAAGAAACAACAGAGAGUGAAAAAGUUGAAAUUGAUGGGGCCUCAUCUAAUGUUCCAGUUUCUCGAACUAUCGUGACAUCUUCAGCAAGAACUGAACUAAUCUUGUUGGAGGAGGAAAAAGAUAGUGAAUCUAAUAUUCCUGGAGAAACAACCAAAUGA